AUGGCAACUAUUUGCACUGACAUCUCUAUAAAUGCAUCUAAUGGACAGUAUCUUCAACAAAUGGACGUGAAGAAUGUUAUUCUCUAUGUUGCUUCUAAUGGGAAGUAUCUUCAUCAAAUGGAUAUGAAAAAUGUUAUUCUCUAUGAUGACCUAAUUGAAGGGUGUGUGCAAGCUCAAGUACCACUCUACCUGGAUUCUCCUAUACUAUGCACCAGUAUGAUUCUUCUCUGUAAAUUUAUAUCACAUCUAUGGGAAUUAUACGGGCUCUUUUGUAUGUCGGUGAUAUGGUUAUUAUUGAUUUUGACUUUAGAUCAUGCAGGUUCUUCUCUACGUUGA